CCAGCCAUGCUAUUCUUCCGCGGCGGAGUUAACAGUCCGCGCCGGCGCAACCAAGAAAAAGCAAUCUUCUGCACCAUUCUCAUCAUCUACGCUCUAUACUUCCUCUUCUUCGCUGGGAGCUCCGAUCCGAAACGCUCAGAGACGUCUGCUGAGGAUGCGGUGAAGGGAGGCCCGCAUCGGGAUUCGCGGUCGGGGAAGGCUUCCCCGUCCGCCUCGGCUUCGCGACAGCCUCAGGUCUUGGACAAGGACAUGGUGGUGGCUAGUAUGAAGGGAGACGAUGUCUCAUGGCUGUACACAUACUUUCCUGAGUGGCAUAAAAGCAUCUACGUGGCGGACGACAAGAAAGCGCCGUUGACGGUAGCUUUGAAUAAGGGGAGGGAAUCGAUGGUGUAUCUGACAUAUAUAAUUGAUAAUUACGACAAUCUUCCCGACUCGAUUCUUUUCAUCCAUUCGCAACGAUACCAAUGGCACAACGACGAUCCCUACUACGAUGGUGUGCCCGUUCUUCGCAACUUCCAGGUCCCAUAUCUCCAAAAACAAGGCUACGUGAAUCUGCGCUGCGCCUGGGUCCUGGGCUGUCCGGCGGAGAUUCAUCCCCUCAGUGAUACGCAUCGCAACGACGUCCACGCAGGCGAGUACUUCAAGACAGGAUUCAUGGAACUGUUUCCCGGGGCGGAGGUCCCUGAAGAAGUGGGGGUUUCAUGCUGCGCGCAGUUCGCCGUCACACGCUGGAAGAUCCGCGAGCGGCCGAAGAGUGACUAUGUGUGGUACCGGAAGUGGUUGGCUGAGACGACGUUACCCGAUGAUCUCAGUGGACGGAUCAUGGAAUACUCAUGGCACAUGAUCUUCGGCAAGGGCCCCGUCUACUGUCCCACGGCAGAAGAAUGCUACUGCAAGGUAUUCGGACUAUGCAAUUUGGAUUGUCCGACGGAGGGAGAUUGCGCUGGCCGCUAUGUUCUCCCGCCAUACUCUUCUCUUCCCAAGGGAUGGCCCUAUAUCGGCUGGAAGGGUCAGAAGCAGGACCCUAGCAAGGGACUUCCGGAGGCUUGAUCUACACCUAUAGUCUCACAAAUCAGAUGAGAUGUUCGAGUAUAAGAUGUUGCGUCUCGGGGUAUACACUGCUCACUGAGGUCAAACCCGGGACUCACUACAAGCAUGACGAAUGCUGUAAUAGGAUCAGAGCGGCAGCACAUCUGGCAAAACAGGUGGAGCAUCAGCGUCGCGUAUAUCUCUCUCCCAGUGGAACCAGAUCUCAACUCCUCCACCGCUGCCAGACACAGUUUGGCACACCUAAAACAGGCAUAUGGCAUAUAACUAACCUACUAUGUAUCGACAUCUUCGAUGAGCGAACGCU